CAUCUUGCAGAAACAGAUAUGCACACACACUCCCGCACACACACACACACACACACACACAAGUAAACGUGCAGGGGGAUUAAUCACAGAAGACGACACAGAUGGAGUGACUGUGAAGAGCAACGCAGAGGCAGAGAGCGAGGAGGAUGGGGAGGGAGAUGAAGUGGAUGCAAAACAGAGGACAUACUGGAGAGACAGGAAGACUGUAGAGCAUACAGAAGCCUGGAUGCCUGAGGAACACUACGGUUAUGCCGAAGACAGCAAGGACAACGUGUAAAAGAAAACCCGGCAUUUAGAGGGGCAAAUCACUGCAGCAGAGGUGCCAGCAUCUUUCGCAUCGGUGCAGCAGGCUCUAGGGAGCGGGGAAGGGCUCUUCAUAGAGGAGCAUGGCAGCUUGGUUUGCUGGUAUUGCUGCGGCGGGAUGGACUGAGUCUCAUUUAUUGUUCUAGAAGAAAACACACCGCCACUGUCUACACAAGCCACUGCAGCUCUCAUCAUCCACUAUGCACAGGGAUGGAGAGCAAGCACAUGGAAUUGCAUGCCAUCGUCAACAACACAGCAGAACUCUAUGUUCCCACAGCAACAGCAUUGAUUACAUUAGCCCGGGCAACAGCCAAGAUAUUAGGUAGCACUUUACAAAUUGCAGUUUUAGUGACAGCUACAGGAAAAACUGUGUUUUCUUUGAACUCAUUUUAAUUUUUGAUACCUGCAGCUUUCAGGUUUUAAGUAUAAUGUUUGCAUAUAAGUUGGUAGAUGGUGGGUGGUGUAUAUUGUAGUUGUUGUUAGAGUUUACUGAAGUUUGUGGUUGGUAUGGUGAGGAGAGCAAAUGCUCUAACUGGAUUGGCUGAUGAAGGCCUCCUGGAUACGACUGCUGAAACGAGCAACAGGGAACCAAGUCAAGAACAACAUCGGUGGUUCAGCGGACUCAUACACUAGUCGGCCGUCUGACUCGGAUGUGUCUCUGGAGGAAGAUAAAGAGGCCUUACGCAGGGAAGCUGAGAGACAGGCUCAGGCUCAGCUCGAAAAGGCCAAGUCUAAACCAGUGGCGUUUGCAGUACGUACUAAUGUUGGCUACAGUGCUUCUCUUGAAGACGAUGUCCCUGUGCCUGGAAUGGGAAUCUCAUUUGAGUCAAAAGAUUUCCUUCAUGUUAAAGAAAAAUUUAAUAAUGACUGGUGGAUCGGUCGCUUGGUGAAAGAAGGGUGUGAAAUCGGCUUCAUCCCAAGUCCAGUGAAGCUUGAAAGCAUUCGCAUCCACCAGGAGCAACGUACAAAACAAGGAAAAUUUUACUCAAGUAAAUUAGGGGCAAACUCUUUAUCUAGUUUAGGAGACGUGGUUUCAAACUCACGUAAAUCAACCCCUCCAUCCUCAGCUGUGGACAUAGAUGCUGCAGGGUUAGAUCCAGAGGAGAGUGACCCUCCUCCCCAUCAGCGUUCACCCAAAGCCAGCCCAAACACAGUAAUAUCCCCUUUAGCCCGUGAGAAACGAAUGCCUUUCUUUAAGAAGACAGAGCAUGUUCCUCCGUAUGAUGUGGUGCCGUCUAUGAGACCCGUGGUGCUGGUGGGACCGUCGCUCAAGGGCUACGAGGUAACAGAUAUGAUGCAGAAAGCGCUGUUUGACUUUCUGAAGCACCGUUUUGAGGGGAGGAUCUCGAUCACGAGGGUGGCUGCUGAUAUUUCUCUGGCCAAGCGCUCUGUGCUCAACAACCCCAGUAAACACGCCAUCAUCGAGCGCUCGAACACACGCUCCAAUUUAGCGGAGGUUCAGAGCGAGAUCGAGAGGAUCUUUGAACUGGCUCGCACGCUGCAGCUGGUGGUUCUUGACGCUGACACGAUAAACCACCCGGCUCAACUGGGAAAAACAUCUCUUGCUCCAAUUAUUGUCUACAUCAAGAUCACCUCUCCACAGGUUUUGCAGCGGUUAAUAAAGUCUAGAGGAAAGUCUCAGGCAAAACAUCUCAAUGUGCAGAUGGUGGCAGCAGACAAACUUGCCCAGUGCCCUUCAGAGCUUUUCGACAUCAUUCUUGAUGAGAAUCAGCUGGAAGACGCCUGUGAGCACAUGGCUGAUUAUCUGGAGGCCUACUGGAAAUCCACGCAUCCUCCCAGCAUCCCUCAGACAAACACUCUGCUGGAGAAACUCACCACAAUGGCUGCAGCCGCAGUCGCCUGCAAGGACUCACUGACUAACCAACAAACAAAGGGCAGAGCACGUGAGCAGACAGCAGAGAGAUCAACGGAGAUCAAGACGGGCUUUUAUGAAGACUACCAUCAUCAUCAUCAUCACUACCAAACUCAGAAGCAAGGACAUUUGGAAGACGACAACACUGAGGAGCGAGACGCUAAAGCUAACAACGACCAACAACUGAGUGAAUGGAGAAGCGGUCACAAACACCACAGCCAUCAUCAUCACCAUCACCGCCACAAUCACAGUCGCACCACGAGGACGCUUUCCAAACAAGAGACGUCAGAGUCCAUGUAUCCCGAGCCUCUCGCUGGACAAACACAGGAAGAGGAACAGCCAAACCAUCAUCACCAUCAUCAUCACCACCGGGGCGACAAAGAGAAGGAAUACGACCACAAUGAGAGGAACAACCGUCAAAGAGGAAAGCAGAGGUCACAACGAGAACCUCAUCAUGAGCGGGACAGGAAACGAGGAGAGGAGGAAUGGGCGAGAGAGCAUUACAUAGAGCAGUGACACACGUGCCACAAACACACCGACCUCAAUCUUAUGUGUAAUGUAUAUGACUCGUGUAAAUGACUUUUCCAAGUGUGGACAAAUUAAAUGUGUAUAAUUAUGUAUAAUUUAAUAUGGCAUGAAUGAUGAAAUUCUCUUUUAUUCUCUUUAUUUAUUUUUAAUUCCUUUCUUUUUCUUUUUUUAAAAUUAUUUUUUAUCUGAUUUUCUUUCCUGGUCUUAAUGAACAAAUGAUAGAUGCGUGUUAAU